GUGAAAGUACAAGUGGAGUUUUAAUAUAAUAAUAUAUAUAUAUAUAUAUAUCACCAAGACUAAGAUUAGAUUGGUGAAUUCUGAAAGUUCCAUUUUGCUGACCGCAGUCUUAAACGUGGAGGAUGCGGUGCCAUCUCUCGCUCAAGGAAAAGACUCUCUCUCCUUCUCUGCGUCUCACCUUGUCCGUCGUGUCCCUCUCUCAAUCUGCAUUUGUAGUUUUAAGGAACUGCAAGACACAGACAAACACAUACACAGGGUGCUGAAAUAUUCCCUCAACGAUAGUUAUGAUUGUUUUGCGCUUCCACUGCACCUUGAGGACAGGUUGUUCGCCGCCAAGGAUAUCUGCAUGGACCAAGGACCAAUCCAUAUCCUAAUUUACCGCCAUUAUUUUUUUCGGAAACCGAAACCAAUAUCCAUAUACCACCACCACCAAAUCAUCGCUAGUGAUCAUAGAUAUAGUGAAAGAAACCUGUCAAAUGGAGCUUUUUCGACUCUUCAUCACCGCGUCGAUUCCGGUGUUGAAAGUUUUGUUAGUUACUGCACUCGGCUCUUAUCUUGCUCUGGAUCGCGUCAACAUCUUGGGUGCCGAAACCAGAAAGCACUUAAACACCAUUGUUUUCUAUGUGUUCAAUCCUGCGCUUGUCAGCUCCAAUCUUGCAAAAACAAUAACAUACGAUAGCAUGGUUAAGUUGUGGUUCAUGCCUGUCAACAUCCUUAUCACAUUUAUUAUUGGCUCAAUUCUUGGAUGGAUCGUCAUUCAAUUUACAAGGCCACCUACGCAUUUACGUGGCCUUAUAUUGGGUUGUUGUGCUGCAGGUAAUUUGGGGAAUCUGCUCCUCAUUAUAAUUCCAGCGGUUUGCAAGGAAAAAGGAAGCCCAUUUGGAAAUUCUGGCGCAUGUUAUACCUAUGGACUGGCCUAUGCUUCACUUUCAAUGGCAAUAGGUGCCAUUUAUCUUUGGUCCUACGUGUAUAACAUCGUACGGAUAUCUUCAAGGAGCAGCAAGGAUACCGGAGGAAAGGACUUUUCUAUCAGCAAGUCGUCCAGGGAAUCCUCCAUAUCAGACCUUGGGAAUCGCACAGAACCACUACUUUCUUCCAAGGAAUUUGGAGUAACUGAAGAUGAUAUAGAUCACUAUGCACUGCCUCGCACCUUAUCUGAAGGAAAAGCUGAGGUGGCAGUUGCUGAUCAUUUAGGAAUAAAGCAACGCUUUGCCAUGCUGUUUAAGAAGCUUAACCUCAAGUCGUUAUUUGCUCCUUCAACUAUUGGAGCUCUUGUUGGCUUUGCAAUUGGAAUAGUCCCUCAGAUUAGAAAGUCCUUGAUAGGAGAUGAGGCUCCUCUUCGAGUGAUCCAAGACACAGCUUCCUUGUUGGGAGAAGGAGCAAUCCCAACUCUCACACUAAUAAUUGGAGGAAAUCUUCUCAAAGGUUUGAAAGGGUCGGGCAUGCAGAAAUCUAUUAUUCUUGGCAUUGUACUUGCUCGUUAUAUUGCCCUGCCACUCACAGGUAUGUUGAUUGUUAAGGGGGCAAUUAGAUUAGGAUUUGUACACUCUGAUCCAUUGUACCAGUUCGUACUUCUACUUCAAUUUGCACUUCCACCUGCUAUGAAUAUAGGAACCAUUACUCAAUUGUUUGGAGCUGGAGAGAGUGAAUGUUCAGUCAUCAUGCUGUGGACAUAUGCCUUGGCUUCAAUUUCACUUACUUUCUGGUCCACCUUCUUCAUGUGGCUUGUGGUCUGAAGUGUUUGACCUUUCAACAUAUUUUUUGUAACAUAUUUUUGCCAAUGUUAAUUCAAUUUUGAUGUUUUCUAUCAGAGAAUUAUCAACUAAUCAUAACA